AUGCGCUGGUUUCCGAUAGGGGACCGUAUUCUCUAUGCAGUGCAUCGGGAACUGGAGAUCCAUCCAUACAGCCUUCCUCCAGGCGAGCUUGAGAAACUUUGGCUUCAUUUCCGUUCCCAGGAGCUCUUAGCCGACCGCAUCCAUGUGAACAACCUGACGCAGGACCGAAUCAACAUGGCGCAAUUCGGGAUGCUGCAAGUGCUCAGCGACAGGUACGAUCGCUUGGAAGGCAGGGUAACUUCGCUGGAAAAGACCGUCUUCGAGCACGAUGAGACGCUUCGUCUGCUAGAGAACCUCCUUCCGACCCAAUUGGCUGUUACCCAAGUCGAUGGGAAGCUCACGAUCCCCCAAGGCUACUGGUCUGCCCUCCUGGAAGUCCUCGCUAGUCCGGACUCGGCACCGAUGUGGAACGCAUUUCUCAAAGCCAAUGAGCACAAUCUCCAGCAUCUAUGGGAUGCUGAAGUAGCUAGCAAAAUCGACGACCUAGCUGGGAGCAAGCUCGUGGUCUCUAGGCAAGAAUUCACUCAAGCUAUGGCGGAGAACAAGGCUUGGUUCUCCGAGCACUUUAGCGAAGAGAUGCGUAGGUUCAAGAUCUUCGCGGCCACUCAAGCCGAGCAAGCAGUGAAGGAAGCUCUCCCGCGCGCGCGCGAUCUCAUCUUCUCACAGCACGAACUCGCAACCCUCGCCAUCGCUAACUCCUGGCGCAACGCCGAAGAAGCCAGGCGUGAAGUCAACUUCUUCGCCACCGGCCUGGGCGCCCGCAUCGACGUCUUCCAGACCUCCAAGACCUGGGUCAAGCCGCAGGCGAAGUGGUACCAAGUCGGCACAAGACCACAUCCACCCGUUGUCGCUCUGCAGCGCUGGGAAGAAGCUUCGGAUUGCUGGUGCGCGUCUCCAUCGACUGACCUCGGUAAGGCCCAGAUCACGGUCAUGCUGCCGCACGCUAUCUACGCUUCUCGCCUCGUUAUCGAGCAUAUUCCGUCGCAGGGCACGCUUAACAUCUCCUCUGCGCCCUACAUCGUCGAGAUCUGGCAGGUUCCAAGCAAUAUGACUGCUAAGCAGGCUAAGAAGAAGAUUGACAAUGCGAAGGAUAGCUGGAGGGAGGGUGAUGUUGAGCUACGCAAGAAGGGUCCCAGCAGCGCGCACGUCGCUAUUGGAGCGGGCAGAUACGACAUCCACACGCUCAGCAAUGUGCAGAGCAUUCCGAUGUUUGUGAACUUGGAGGAUGCGGGUGUGCCCUCGAAGAAGUUUACCAUUAGGAUCACGGAGAAUUGGGGUGGGCUGUCUACGUGUAUCUACCGUCUGCGCAUGACCGGCCAGCGGGUGGAGGAGUAG